AUGAUCCAUGCGAAGUUCUCCGUGUCGCUCCGCACUCGACCAGAAUGGCGCACGUUAGGACCUGCUCUGGCUGCUGCAACGUCCUUCGACUUCCAAGAACGCGAAGUAACUGAUUGCGACCUUCUCAUCCCACUCAGCGGAUCCAAGCCACUGGCCACGCUCAACGUUCUCUUACUGUGGUCGUCCGAUCCCGUGGCCUCUACCGAAGAACGGAUGCGCCCAUUCCUGUCCAAGGCCAAGCCAGCGCGCGAUCAUUAUGUUGCCGCGGUGGUUGACGGAAAGGGAGACCCUAUGCACGCGCUGCAGAUCCUCUCAUCUCUGCAAAGCCGAAUGCUGGAUGUGCCGGCACCGAUCCCUAUUCUCAUCGUGUUGUCGGUGGAGAGUAUCAUAUCGACCAUGGAGCACUACAUUCAAGAGCUACACAAGAAAUACGAGGUCAAAACGCCGCCCAUGGUAUUGCCGACGGCUCUGGUCGCUCACGCUACCACCUCUGCACCCUCUCAGCCUCUCUCGCAACACGAUGCCAGUGUCUUGACCGACCUCUACAGUUCUAUUCGAGAGUUGGAGGAAGCUACCAGGACAAGCAGAGGGAGGGAACAAUUGACCGAGUAUCUGGGGCCUGUUGUCACAAAAAAUCUUGUUGAUUUCUGGGAGGAUGAAUGGAUUAUUUGA